AAUACGUAAAAUAUCAUAACUCAGCACAGUGGAAGCUGAGUCAAUGACAGCUGACAGGUGUGCCUAUAACUAGUCACCCGUCAAAGAUCCUAUAAUUAUCCUCAGUGUGCAUGUGUAAAUGUCGGACAAAUAUGCUGUUCCCCUCUCUGCUUGACAUGCCCCAAGACUUUGUCAACACGAGAUGGUCACGCCCACAAAGAUGACAGGAGUGAUGCAACAGCUGGCCUUUAACCCAGAAUAGCAUUAGUCCUUCUCAUCAUGGCCACCCAGCCCAUCCAAAACCACCAUAAAGGGGCCUACAUGUCCCUGAUGAGAGGCUUGAAUAAGCUGGAUUUCUGUGGCACCAGUGUUCCCUCCAACCUGCUUCUGACUGGAUACCAUGCAUUUCCUUUGGUAAUGAACAGCCAAGGCCAGGUCCUGAUGGCUGCCUCUAUUUAUGGCCGUGGGAGAAUUGUGGUCCUGGGUCAUGAGAGCUACAUGACGACCUUCCCUGAGCUGGUAGAGAACGCUGUACUCUGGCUGAUAGAAGAUGGUUCUGACAACUUGUCUGUGGGAGUCCAGAAAAACCUCAAGGCAGUCGCUGAUAACCUCAGCAAAUCCAUCUUCCAAGUCAAUGUUGGUGAGACCUUUAGUGAGAAUCCAGAGGUUGGCGUGUACGUGACAGAUGCCUACAAUGUGGGAGAAGACCCGAAAGACCUGGUGGCAUUUCUGAAAGAUGGAGGAGGAGUGCUGAUAGGGGGGCAGGCAUGGCACUGGGCUUCACAGCACCCAAAAGAGAACACACUGCUUAAUUUUCCAGGGAAUAAGGUAUCUGGUGUGGCAGGGAUCUACUUCUCUGAGCAUCCAGGUCAGGUAGAAUGCCUGCCGAUCUAUCCUGAGAUCCCAUCCUCGUGGAUGGCCGUAGUAAUUGGUAAGGAUUUUGAGGAUGACCUAGAGUUCUUACUCCAGGGAAUUUCAGAGUUUGACCUCCAGAAUGGAGUAGCAGCUUCUGAGGUUCUGGUCCAUGGACCUCUAGCCUUCCCCAUCGGUACCACUGAGGAUGGACGAGUGUUCCUGGCAGGAGCCUACUAUGGGCAGGGACGGGUUGUUGUGAUCACACAUGAAGGACUUCUAAGACGAGAGACACUGGCACCAGUUUGGAACAAUGCUAUUCGCUGGUUGGAUCAAGGCCGGGAUGGGGUCAUUGGUGUAGUGCCACAACUUGACCAAGCCUUUGACCUCUUCUGCAAGUCAGACUUAAAUUGUAUGAAGACUAACCUCAGAGAAGACCUGAGCGUAUUUGUGUGUACAGCAUACAGUGAUGAUCAUGUGGAGGAAAUCCAAGACUUUGUGGCAGAGGGAGGGGGCCUGCUGAUUGGUGGACAUGCCUGGCACUGGGCCCAGACACACCGUGACCAAAACCCAAUGACAGAUUUUCCAGGGAACAAGAUCCUGAACAAAAUGGGUUUAAGUCUGCUGGAGAAUAUAAUCUGGGAGGGUUCCUACAAGGCUCCUGUGCCAAGCCAGGCCAUCAAAGACACCCACCACUUCCGCCACCUUCUACAUCGCUUUGCUGGUCAUGUUAAUGAGGGGAAGGAACUAACAAAGCACGAGGAGGAAGGCCUUAAAAAACUGAGUGGGGACUGUGCCAACUACUUGUGCAUGAAAGCUCAUGACAGCUGCUCCUAUACACUUGUGAUGUCCAUUCUGACCAACAUCUUAAAGAAACUGGGCAUGCCAGAGGUGGGUGAUAGCUGCCCUGUGAAGAGUCCCAAAGACCAUCUACUCCUUAGUUUGGGGGCAGAGGUAUACAAGGUUAGCCCGGAUCCCGAUGCUCUUCUGCAUUACCUCAUCAAGGAUAACCCUUCGUCACCAGUUGUCAAAAAUCAAAGGAUCUGGGUCACUGCUAACACAGCAGGAGGGGAGGAGUGGAUCAGUACAGGUCUCUACCUCUCUCCUGGCAUGAAGACCUACAUGGUCAUACCAGCAGAGAUUGUCAACAAGGGAUGGAAGGUCCAGAUAGGUUGUCAAACUGACAGACUGAACGCUGCAGAGCUGAAGAGAGCACCGCAUGUUUGUGAACGAAUCCCUAUCACCUCAGAGAUGAUGCAGGUUUGGAACCUCUGGGGGGGACUCAUUUACCUGAUUGCCCCACCCAAAACCCAAGUGGAGGGGGUGGAGGUCAUAGUGCAGAUGGCUGUACCUGCGCCAUAUUAUAGAUCUGGUGUGACAACAGCAGCUGAUUGGUCCUUGCUGCGCACUGCUCCCGCACCCUGGGGAGAACUGGAGUUUGACAACAUCAUCCUGACUGUACCAUCGGAUGUUGUCCGGGACCUGGAGCGCCCUGAUGAGUUAGCCUCUCACUGGGAUGCCAUCAUGAGGGCUGUCGCUGAUCUUUCUGCCAUCCCGCAAAUAUUUCCUCGCAAAGAACGUUUUGUAACUGAUGUGCAGAUUUCCCAUGGUUGGAUGCAUGCUGGUUAUCCUAUCAUGGCACAUAAGCCCAUAGCAGCUCAGCUGGUCAGCGUCGAACAUGCAAGGACUAAAGACCUGUGGGGCCCCAUCCAUGAGCUUGGACACAACCAGCAGAGAGGCUGCUGGGAGUUCCCACCACACACCACAGAGGCCACAUGCAACCUGUGGGCGGUGUAUGUGCAUGAGGAGGUGCUGGGGAUCAACAGGGCACAGGCUCACGAAGCUAUGACUUUAGAAAAACGAAACAAGCGAGCAGCGGAUUAUGCUACGGCAGGUAGGAAUAUCAGCAACUGGAACGUGUGGGUUGCCCUGGAGACAUAUAUUCAGCUCCAGGAGAAGUUCGGCUGGGAUGCCUUUAAGAAGGUGUUUGCUGCCUACCACCAGAUGAGCAACUUUCCCAGGGACGACAAGGGAAAGAUGAACCUGUACGCUGAGACUUUCUCCCAGACUGUGGAAAUGAACCUGGCUGGAUUCUUUAAGGCCUGGGGCUGGCCCAUUGAAACAACCACUGAUGAGAAACUCUCCAACCUGCCUCCCUGGAGUGACCACCCCAUGGUCCAGUAUGACUGAACUUCAGUCUGCUGCUGAUUUAAGUACAGAGGCAUAGGUGUUAUUUCAUUAUCAGUAAUUAUCUCGAUAACAGGGCUGAUUUAUGUUUAAAGGGGUGAUAUCAAAUAACAAUUAAAUAAGGAUGAUGUACCUAAUGUUAAUCAAAUAAUAUGUAUUAUAUCUGACUUGGUUACACACCACACAUAUACAUGUUUAAGUAUGUUAAGAGUUACUGAGUGUUUGAGUCAAAUAAACUUGAUUCUGCUUGAACAUGUUAAAAUUCAGCAAACAUAUGUUUACAACAUAGGUAUAAUUGAGUAGAUGUAUAAAAACACACUAAUAGUUCAGGAAAUGCAUAUCUUUUAAGUUGUAGAUGUGGAUAUUGAAAUUAUGGGUUACUAAGUCAUAACUAAAAGAUGUGAAACUCAUUGAUUUAAAUAUGCAACAUGCACACUGAAAGACAAAGCUUUCAACUGGUCCUGCCAGGUAAAUAUUGUAAUAGAAGAAAUAGUUCAGAAUCUGUUCUUGCUGCUGCAUAGUGUAUUCUAAAUAAAUUUGGUCAUCCACAGUUUUGUUAGAGCUCCUAUACAGGCCCUUGUAAGCAUAGAAAAUGAUGUGUCCAUUGCUGCAUAUUCACAAACUCAGAGUAUUUAUGUUAGUGUGACUAGUUAACUUAUGGUUAUUGUCCAAAAGAAACUUAUUAAAGGCUCUCUGGUUUUCGACAAAGGACUGACCUGCUGCUGUUUUCAAAGGUUGUGAUUUCUACUUCCACUUGAUUUCAAAUGGAUCAUUAUUUGCAUGCCUUGCACACCCACAUAUAGUAUAUUUUCACCAGGCCCUCCAACCUUAACAAUCAUACAGAUCAUUUGUUCCUACCCACAGAUAGACCGGCACGAGUGUACCAGAGUAUAAGAGCAUGCUAGUGGCAAUUUACUUGUGAAAGAAACAGCAACAGCUGUUGGAUUCAAAGAGAAACCGAAAGUUCUGUUCAGGGGUUUUCCAAAAUAUUUACAGUUAUAUCCUCCUUUCUUUUGCUAGUGUGGUCUUCUGAGUAAGAGGUGGUUUCCACACUGUCUGCUGUCCCUUAAUACACACUUUGUGUUUGUGUUCAGACGUUUGUAGCAGAGGGAGGAGGCCUGCUGCUGAUUGAAUUCUGUUCAGAAGGCUGCUGUACCUCAACUGAGAACAAAUUAACUUUCAGG